UACACAGGAGGUGCGAGCACACAGUGGCUACACCCAGGACGGCCAGUGUUCCUACACAUUUGUGCUCCCCCCGUCUGGAGUACAGCACUGUGGUACGGGAGAGGGAGAGGGCGAUCUACAGCAGAUUCACGAGCAGAUGAUUGAGUUGCAAAACAAGUAUCAGGAGCUGAGGCAAGAGAAUAAUGCUCUUGAGCAGAGGCUGUCAACCCUUGAAGGGAAUACCGAGAACACUACUCAGCCUGGCUCCAGAGACUACCUGCCAUCAAGCUGCACUGAAGUGGCCGGCAGAGGUGGAAUUCAUAACCGGUCACUCCACGUCAUUGACCCUGACGGACCAGGACGUGGGGUUCUGCCGAUGGUUGUUCAGUGUGACCUUCAGGGACAAACAGCAAUUACACUAAUUGGCCACGAUAGUGAGGCCCGGACACAUGUGAAUGGGUUUGAGGAUCCAGGUAGCUACUCCAAGGAUGUGACAUACUGGAACAGCAUGGAGCAAAUGAGAGCUUUGGUGGACCAGUCAAGUCUCUGCAAGCAGCUUAUUAAGUAUGAAUGCUAUGGUUCAUUGAUCUGGGGCACGACCGGAAGACCCUACUCCUGGUGGGUGACUUGGGACGGUCGCCAGGCUGACUACUGGGGAGGUGCCAGUCCUGGGAGUGAGAAAUGUGCCUGUGGAGAAACAGGCUCAUGCUCUGGUAGAUGUAACUGUGGUGCCAAUGAUCAAACAUGGCGUGAGGAUUCUGGGUUCCUGUCCCACAAGAAUGACCUGCCGGUCACCCAGCUCAGGUUUGGGGAUACUACUGACAAUAACGGAAAUGAAGAAGGCUAUUACACCCUUGGGAAACUCAUCUGCUACCCAUGA